AUGUCCCAAUCACUGCGGCCGUAUCUUCAAUGUGUCCGUUCUUCUCUGACCGCCGCUCUCUCUCUCUCCAACUUCGCUUCACAAGCCUCAGAAAGACACAAUGUCCCCGAGAUCGAAGCAGCCAGUUCGCCCGAAGUCCUGUUAAACCCUCUGACGAUUGCCCGCAAUGAGAACGAGAAAGUCCUGAUAGAACCCAGCGUCAACAGUGUGCGAGUGAGCAUCAGAAUAAAGCAGGCCGACGAGAUUGAGAAUAUUCUGGUCCAUAAGUUCACACGUUUCCUUACUCAGCGUGCCGAAUCCUUCUUCAUUCUACGACGGAAGCCAGUCAAGGGUUACGAUAUCUCGUUCUUGAUCACGAACACGCAUACGGAAGAAAUGCUCAAGCAUAAGUUGGUGGACUUCAUUAUCCAAUUCAUGGAGGAAGUCGACAAAGAAAUUUCAGAGAUGAAGCUCUUCCUAAACGCCCGUGCUCGCUUUGUGGCUGAAUCAUUCUUGACUCCGUUCGACUAG